UCUCUCGGGAGUCUCUGUUAUAAGAUUGGGGUUCGUGAAAAUUGGGAAAUCAUUCACUGGUCAAUUUGGUGGAUACGAUUUCCUGAUUUAGGGUUUCUCUGCAUGCCCCUAGAAUCAGCAGUCUUAAGCAACAAUUACCAUGGUGUCUCCGAAGCAGCUCGAUUUCUCUUCCUCUGGUGGUGCUGGUGACUCCGACGAUACCCUCUCCCGUCGAAAAUCUCCACGGAAUCCUCCCUCAAAGCGUGCUGCUUCCGACGCAGCAGAAGCAGACGAAGAGACUAUGAAAGAGAAGAAGAAGAAGAAGAUGAGGAAGAAGAAGAUAUUGGGUCCGCCGUUGAUCGUCCGGAUCUGGAACGAGGAAGAUGAGCUCUCUAUCUUAAAGGGAUUAGUUGAUUACAGAGCUAAGACAGGAUUCCAAUCCAAAAUUGAUUGGGAUGCGUUUUAUCAUUUCCUCGGAAGUUCAAUCGUUGCGAAAUUCUCCAAGGAGCAGGUUUUGAGUAAGAUCAGGAAAUUGAAAAGGAGAUUUCUUGUUCACUGGGAGAAAAUCAAUGAAGGGAAUGAUCCCAAGUUUACUAGGUCUAGUGAUUCUGAAGCCUUUGGAUUUUCUUCAAUGAUUUGGGGACAAAAUGAAGCUGAAUUUGGUAAUCAUGAUGGUAUGGAUAAAGAACACGAGGAACCCGAAAAUGGGGCAGCGGAAAACGGGACUGCUCAGAACGAGAGUGGGGAGGAGAUGUUGAAGGAGCACGAGGAAACCUUAAAUGAGAAUGGUGCAGCGAAAAUAACAGACAACAACGGGACUUCUCAAAUAGCACCGCAGAGCAAGAGUGAGGAGGAGAUGUUGAAGGAGCACGAGGAAGUGGUGGCUAAUACUGAACCCUUAUAUGAGAAUGGGAGAGCGAAAACAAAGAAGAACGGGACUACUGCUGGAAAGGAGAGUCAUGACGAUGAUGAUGAAUUACUUGCUGUGCAGGAUGCAUUUGAGGCUGUGAUGUCACAAGGUUUAAGUGAUUAUCAAAAGAAGUUGCAGCUUGAGAAGCUGAUGAACCUUGGAACUGGAAAAAGAAGAGAGUUGAGCGAUGAAUGGAAAGCGUUAUGUGUUGAGGAACGGAAAUUGAAUAUCAAGAAGCUUAGAUUUUCUGCCAAGCUUGCAGAGGCUGCAAAUUAUAACCAAUAAGUCGUCGUUGCAUUUGGUGUUGUUUAGGUUCUUAGUAGUCAUAAGUUUUCGACUGUUCAGUGUAAUUGUCUUUGGAUGUAGCUUUGUUCGUUUGGUGCCCUACUUGGGAAAGCGUCUGUAAGAUAUUUUAGUUUUUUCCUUAAGUAUCCAGAGCCGCCAUGUCUAUUGUUGGAUAUAAUAAAUUUCAUAA